GGAGCAGGGAGGGGGGGAGAGGAGGAGGGAGGAGCAGCACCAGCAGGGGACCGGGAGCGGGGCUGGCGACGAAGCGAGGCGACGCAGGCACAGCUUGGUGUGAAGGCACUGUGAGCCAUGGAUGCGUUCAUGAAGGGACUUUCCAAGGCCAAGGAUGGGGUCGUGGCAGCUGCCGAGAAGACCAAGCAGGGUGUGGCAGAAGCGGCUGGGAAGACCAGAGAGGGUGUGCUGUAUGUAGGUUCUAAAACCAAGGAAGGUGUGGUUCAUGGUGUGACAACAGUGGCUGAGAAGACCAAAGAGCAAGUGACAAAUGUCGGUGAGGCUGUGGUGACAGGGGUGACCGCAGUGGCACAGAAGACUGUGGAAGGAGCAGGCACUAUUGCAGCUGCCACUGGCUUUGGCAAGAAGGACCAGAUGGGCAAGAGUGAAGAAGGAAUCCCACAGGAAGGAAUUCUGGAAGAUAUGCCCAUGGAUCCUGACAAUGAGGCUUAUGAAAUGCCUUCUGAGGAAGGAUGCCAGGACUAUGAACCAGAAGCCUAGGAAACAACUUCACUCCCAGCUCCCUCAGGUCUGCUGACAGAUGUUGCCCCUGUACCAGUGCUCUGUUCCAACGUGCCCACCCAGCCAUCACUGUUCCUUGGAGUUUUUACAGUGUGUGAACUCCUGCAUCAGCAUCAACUGGAGUGUCCACACCUGCACCCCACUUGGCAUUUCGGUGCUCCCCCCGUCACUGGAGUGAAUAUAUAGUAGCAGGCCUCCCCUGUGCUGUGGACAUUGUAGCUUCCAAUCUAAAACAUCAAAGCAAAUUAAAACCAUCUUGGUGGCUACCUUCCAAUUCUCCACUAAUUUUUUUCUUUUUUGCCAUUUGUUGUUGCUGCUGCUGUUGAGAAGUUGUGAGUGAUUUCCCAUAAUGUGAGAUUUUUUUAGAUGUCCUUUAAUAAUCCUUCCUGUCUGAAGAUAGCGAUGUAUGGUGACAUCUAUUGUCAUAUCCAGUUCUUCUGAACAUGUGCUCAUGUGACUAAGCAUCUAUAAAUACUCGCUCUGACAUUUCGCCUCCUCCUGUUUUGUUUUAUUAACGUGUUUGUAUAUAAAUGGUGAAAAUGGAAAUAAAAUGGUCUCUCAUUAUACAAAAGUA